AUGGCAAAAUCCAAGGUGUCGGACUUACAACAGGGUAUAGUGACAUUGGAGAGAGCCCUAGCUCUCACCACCGACACCAGCGAAGGAUCAAGUCUCGGUCCUGUCAUCGCUAAAGAUCUCGCAAAGCUGUAUAUGCGUUUGGCAGUUGAUUCCGAUCUCCUAGCGCUUUGUGUAGAGGAGGCUGGCCACCCACAAAACGAUGAGUAUUGCAAGGUUGCUCUGGUUGUAGCUGGCCGUGAAUGGUCAGCUAUAACAUGCUAUGAAAGAGCUCUCGAAUGUGCAAAGUUGAGCCUGGACGAAGCGGUUGAAGGCAUUGCGAGUUAUAAACUAGGGGCAGCCAGGGAUGCUGCCAUCAAUCAGCUGGAGCAGCUUAGAGUAGUUGCCGAGGAUGCUGGGGAAAUCACCACUGCUGCUGACGCGUGCCUCAAUCUCGCUGUACUCUCCUACAAAGAGGACAAGGUAAAGGCAACCGAGUUGUUGGAAUCAUAUUAUCAGCUAUCUUGCCGAGCGGACAAUCGUGAUCGUCGAGAUACUGCUGCGGUGCUUUUGGCGUUUGCCAAUGGACGUCACAUUAUCCCUCAUGUAGCUGAUAUCUUCAAGGAGGGACGUGGUAUUUAUGAGCUAUUACGGAGGAAAGAUACUUGUAUGACUAACGGCUCACAUGCUAAUACUUGA